AUGAGGAGAACAGUACAGCUGUUAGACCCUCUGAAAAGGGUACAUGUUUCAUGCAGGAGUGGCCUUCUGUAUUCUACGGUACCAAUUGCAAGAACGUCCCCACAGAGGCACACCUUACAAAGGUUUCAGAGCACAACUACAGCUGCUCCAGAAAAGGAGGAACUGUCAACGUUGACCGAUGAGGAGGUUGACUCCUGGUUGCAUUCCAUUAAUGACCUAAGGGCACAAUUCAGAAGAGACGGGUUUACGCCGGACGACUUCGCUGGCACCACCGGGGCAACAGAAAGUUUGACUUUGGCCAAGGAGGCCCAGAAAUUGAUAAACCCGGAAUUUAAGCCCACGCAGGAGCAGAUCGAUGAGUUCGAACAGCUGAGGGGCAAACCUAUUCCCAAAAGGAAGGACCCCAUUUUGGAACACGUCACAAACAUGAUUAUGCGGCAUGGGAAGAAACAGCUUGCUGAGAGAACAUUAUCAAGAGCUCUGUACAUUGUUUUCUGCAAGACUAGGAAGGAUCCUGUGGAACUACUCAAGAAAUCGCUCGAUGACUUAGCACCUCUGAUGAUUGUCAAAACUUUUAACACUGGUGUCGCAAAGGCUGCUGUGAUCCCCGUGCCCCUAAAUCAAAGGCAAAGACACAGAAUUGCUUGGAAGUGGAUUAUGGAGGGGGCCAAUGGGAGAGUCUCGAGCGAUUUUGCAGUCAGACUGGGGGAAGAACUGGUUUCUGUUGCAAACGGUAGUAGCUCUGGGUUUGACAAAAGAGACCAACUGCAUAAAACGGCAAUCGCCCACAGAUCUUACAUCAAACUGAAGUGA